AUGGACGGCAUGGACUAUGAUCCCAUGGCGAUGGAUGUGGAUUCGGAGCAUCCCCAGGUGAAGAUUUCAGCGGCCGACCCAAUGCACGUCGAAUUCCAGCUCUCCAAGACGCCGCUGUCCUUUGCCAACAGCCUGCGGCGAGUGAUGCAGGCCGAGGUGCCGACCAUCGCCAUCGACCUGGUGGAGAUUGAGGUCAACACGUCGGUGCUGGCGGACGAGUUCAUCGCGCAUCGACUGGGGCUGAUCCCGCUGGACUCCAAGGCGGUCGGGGAGCUCAACUACUCGCGUGACUGCGACUGCGAGCAGUACUGCGAGCAGUGCAGCGUGACGCUGACGCUCAACGCCAAGUGCCAGUCGGACGACAUCAUGAAGGUGUACGCCAGCGACAUGGUAGCCGACGGGAGGCACUCGAGCUCGGUGGGCAAGCCCGUAAUCAACGACCCGGACGGGCUGGGCUGCCUCAUCGCCAAGCUCCGUAAGGACCAGGAACUCAAGAUCACCUGCAUCGCCAAGAAGGGCAUCGCAAAGGAGCACGCCAAGUGGAUGCCCACAUCGGCCGUCGGCUUCGAGUACGAUCCUCACAAUAAGCUUCACCACACCGACAUGUGGUAUGAGAACGACACGGAUCCGGAAAAGGAGUGGCCCAAGAGCAAGUACGCCGAGUGGGAAGACCCCCCACAAGAGGGCGAACCCUUCGACUACGACGCCAAACCUGUACGCUUCUACUUUGACGUAGAGACGUCGGGCUGCAUGGACCCGGACCAGAUCGUCCAGGGCGGCAUCCGCGUGCUGCAGCAGAAGAUUGGCGGCCUCCUCAAGGGCCUCGACCCCAAGAAGUACGGCGGCGACGAGGCCGACAUGGACGGCGUCGGCGGCCCCCGCAGCCCAGACAUGGCCCUCGACGGCGCCGGCACCCCCUGGCAGGACCAGGGCUACACCACCCCUUACGGUGGCGCCGCCACGACCUAUGGUGGUGGCAUGACGGCCUACGGUCAGGGUGGUGGCCAGACUGCCUAUGGAGGAGGCGCGACGUCGUACGGAACUGCGUAUGGACAGUCGACUUGGCAGUAG